GUAUAUGUGUCAAGUCAAUCAAAAAAUCGAAAGGAGUAAAAUGGCGUCUUUUUUUGCUUGGUGAAGAUUUUAGCAAAAAAUCUAAGUAUCUUUCAGCUCUAAUAGGCUAAAAUUGUCAAGCGAUUAUCAUAAUCGCGUUGUGUGGUGUUCAAGUGUUUAACAUACGUGCUGGUAGACUUUCGUUCGAGCGGGUUGUAACUACUUCAGGCGAUGUCUUGGCGUCGGGACGAGCGCGGUUCGAGGUGGAACGACGAGCGCUGGGGCGAGCGCAAGCGGUCGCCCGUGUGGGAGCCGCGGCGCAGCGUUAGCCCCGAGCGGCGCUCGCCGCCGCGCGAGCGGCACCGCGAGCGACACGACCGCGACCGCAGCGACCGCUACGACCGCCACGACCGUCGCGACCGCGACCGCGACCGCUGCGAGCGCGAGCGAUCCGACAGGGAGCGCGACCGCCGCGAUCGCUUCGACCGCCGCGAUCGCCGCCGCUCCCCACGCAGGGACGACGACAAGGAUCGCGAUAUUCCACAGCCGCCGUCACCACCUACUAUUAGUGAAAAAGAAAAGCCACCUUCCAGAUCUUCCAGCCGCUCGCAGAGCUGCGAGAAACAGGACCCAGAUAGCUAUGAGGCCAAAUAUGAUACCAACCAAUUGGAUCAGUCUUCUAUUAAUGCUUCUCCAGGGGAUUGGUUCUGCAAGUGUGGCUUGUACAAUUUCAAAAGACGACAGGUGUGUUACAGACGCAAUUGUAAUGGCAAACGAUCAGAAGGGGUAGUCUUUGGUGGAGAUGAAAGAGCUUUAAAUGAAACGUCAGGGAUAACCAAAGGCUUGCUUUUCCGGAGGUUAGAUGCAUUGACAACCGAGGAGAAAAUUCUUGAUGAGAUGAAAGCCAGAUGCUCUAAAACUAUUAUAGAUUCUAUAGCGGGCAUCACUAUAGGCCGGGAGACUUUGACAGGUGCCUCUAAAUGUUUGGCAUACAUAAAUUUUAAUUCCAUAGCCGAUUCCACUACAGCACACAAUGAGCUGGCAGCGUUGCAGCCUCCUUUAGAGAUUGACGGGCGUGAGGUUUUGAUUUCAUUUUACAAAGAGUCCAAAAAAGUUCUAAAACCGACAAGUGCUGACUAUUCCGCAUAUUACGCUCAAAUGUCGAAAUUCCAAAAUUCACAAGCAUUAUCAGAAGCUGACAGAGUAAAUGCAGCAGCUGCAGUUGCCCAGUCAGCUAUAUCAGCUGCUCAAGCUAGACAAAUGUCAUGGACACCUGUAGCAGUUCCCACUUUUGUUGCUUCAUCUGCACAGUCUGUACCAAACGUGAGUGUGCCUACAGGAGAUGGUAAAACACAAUAUACUGCCCCUGAUGUAAGGACAUUUCUUUAUGAUGAAACUUCAGGGUACUAUUAUGACCCAUCUACUGGUCUCUACUAUGAUGGCAACACUCAAUACUUCUACAACAGCCAGACUUCACAAUACAUGUACUGGGAUGCCUCCUCAUCAACAUAUAUAGCUGCUACUCAAUCCCAACAGAAUACUGAGCAACCAAAACUGCCAAACCCACCGACUGCUACUGCUGAGAACACCAUAGCUAAAGAGCCAGAGGAAAAGAAAAAGAAAGACAAAGAAGAUAAAGUAAAAGUUGCCAAAAAGAUUGCUAAAGAUAUGGAGCGGUGGGCGAGGACCUUAAAUCAGAAAAAAGAAAAUGCUCGCAGUAAUAUAGUUAUGGAACAACCCUUAGACACUGGAACCAGCAAGGGUUCUGCUGAUAUUGGUUUCUCAGUACUCGGCGCUGGUCCUUCCCUUCCCCCCCCUGUUGUUAGAGAAAUAUCCCCCCCACCUGCUUCCACUGAUGAUUUCUUGAUGAAAAAAGUAGCUGGUUCAUCUGAACCAAUGUUUGAAAGUGAUGAAGGUAUUAUAGACUGGGCAAAACUCACCUGUCUUUUGUGCAAACGUAAAUUUCCUUCAACUGAUGUAUUGAAUAAACAUAAAACUUUGUCAGACCUGCAUAAGCAGAAUUUGGCCGAAUAUCGUAGAAAGAAUGAUUUGUUGCCACAGACAAAUGGCUAUAGGGAUAGGGCUGCAGAAAGGAGAAUGAAGUUCGGUGAAGAUGAACCACCUCCAAUCAGGAAACGGUAUGAGCCACCUGAAGUCAUGCAUCCACCAAUGCCUCCAGCUCCACCACCGAAUGUAGUAGACACUAUUGGAGGCAAAAUGCUGCAGAAAAUGGGUUGGUCUGAAGGCCGAGGGCUUGGGAAAACAGAGCAAGGCAGAAUAGCCCCUAUUGAAGCGGAACAGAGGCCAAGUUUGGCGGGCCUUGGUCAAAAACGAGGGAUAUACACACCAACCCCUGGGGAGACCUAUCGGGACACUGUGAAGAAGCUGAUGAUAGCAAGAUACAAGGAGGUGAUCGGACAAGAGGAGGGAAAAUAGGUGGGUUACUUUCCUUACUACCUUGUUUCUAACUUUUUCUGUUCACAGGUAUGGAUUUUAGAAGGUCAGUAAUAUAUUUUUAUUCUACUUCAUCUGCAUCACAAACCAGUGGGCAACGUAACAAUACAAGAGUUGAUGUAAUUUUAAUUACUUGGUAGUCCUUGUGAUUUUAUCAAAUAGUGCUUUUAGCAGCAUGCCCUGAAUAUGAUACAUUUUUUGUUCUACCAUGACCAUGAUUGUAGAAAAUAUGCGAUGAUUUCAAAACAGAAAUGAAAAAACUACUAAAUAUUAUUAUUAUUAAGUCAUAAAUGCUAUUUCACAUUCAUAUUUUUUGUUUUUUUUUUAAUUUUUCGGAUCUCAUUUUAAUUUUGUCGGAAAUGUAUUUAAUUAGAAGGUUGUUAUAGUAUUGUUGUUCAUGUAAUAUAGCUCGAGUAGAAUACUAUAUUUUCACACUGCAGAUAUUCUAAAUUUUACCUAGACCAUAAAAAUAUCUUCAGAUGGGCUCUAGUCUUGAUUAAGUAUGAUAAAAAUUGUUGUAUUGUAUAAAAUAAUAAUAAUAAUUCAGGUAUAAUAAAUCAAAAGGUAGAAAUAUAUGACGAUUGAACUGAAAAACAGCAAGAAAUUAUUAUCUGCCAAUUAAACCAUAAACUGAAGAAUGAUUGAUUUCCAUGAAGUGGGUAAAGGUUAUAUAAGGUGGUCUUGUAACGCAAUCUAAUGGUUUGAUUCUGAUUUCACUACAAUAGAUGAGGCGGUGCAAGCUUCCGUUGAGCCCAGGCAUAGGACUUCCAUAUCCGUGGUAAGUAUAAUUCAGUACCAUAGACUACAAACACUUUGCAUAUUUUUCUUUCCCUACAGGUGACCAUAGGUAAGGUAUUUCUUGGGAUGGAAACUGUGAUUAUAAGCAAGAAACCGAUUUACAGCGAUAGGACAAUCACAUUUUCUUUUAUUGAAUUUUAUAUUUAUUGUGUGUUGUUGGUGUUGCCUAUCUAGCAUAAGUUAUAAUAAAUUAGACAAUACAUAGUCAGUAAUUCUUAAUAAAAAAACACACAUAGAAACUAUGAGCCAUUAAAUUCAUUCUGCAUAUUCGUUAUUUUUUCGCGUAAAUGUGAUUGUCCAAAUAACAAAACUGGUCGAAAGACCAGUGAAUCAAUUAAAAUUUUUCCAGCUUAUGAAAUAAAGGGUAAGGGUGUUCCAACCAUUUUAGCUUUAGCCAACAGAUCUCCAGGCAGAAAAUAUGGACACAAAGACAGUUGGACAAAAAAUAUCUGUGAUAAAACUGUGAUAUAUUAUAGUGAUGUGACGAAGAAGCGACUUGUGGUAUCGUGAUAAGUACUAUGGGUUACUGAUGAGUAUGAUCAUUUACAUUACAGAAACCGUCGCCAGGACCGGACUACGUGCCAAACUUGUUUCAAAUACCACUGUAAUUUAGUAUUUCAAUACUAGCAUUAUGCUACAAGCAUGUCAGGCAUAAAUAUACUGGGAGUUACAACUCAUUUAUUUGAGGAAUAGCUUCUGAAUCCGCUUCUUCACUGUGACAGCAAUUAGGGUUUAUUCGAAAUCACAUAAUUGAGUAGGUAUUAACAUGCUACUAUAGAGGUAGUUAAUGUUAAAAUUCUAUGUCUAAAAAUGCUCACUACAAUUAAUUAUAAAUUAAAAUAUAAAGCCUGUUGUAAACUAUGAGUAAACCAUGCAUUUAAAAGUAAUGUAGAUUCACACAAUACAGAUUUGUAUUUGAAUAAGUCAAUAUUCUUUGAUUUACUUAAUCAAUUUAGCGUUAGUAAAAAUGCAUUAAAUUAUAUUUUUGUAAGAUCUAUUAUUGUGUUGUUGUAUAUGUUUUGAUUAAAUAGAUCUAAAUGAGAACAACUGUUUCAGCAUUUAUACUUAGAAAUUUAACAACGAAAAUGAAAUAAAUUGUGCAAAUAAUUAAAUUAUUGCUAAUAGAUGUAAGGCAAUUUCUGAGUUAUCCUUUUAAUUUAUUUAAAUUUUCAAACCAAGAACAUUAUUUAGUACUUGCAGGACUUAUUGAUUUUAAAGUUUUGUAAUAUACCCUUCUUUCUUAUCGAGUGUGUUAGUGCUGAGACAGAUAUUAUUCAAAUCCUAAAUCCAUUCGACAUUAUUUUUAUGCACAGAUUUAUGUUUUUUUACAUGGAAUUAGUAGGUACUCCGUGGAGUACCUACUAAUUCCAUGUUUUUUAUGACUAGCUGCCGCCAUCUAGUGGCAAGUAGUCACACAUUGAUUAAUUGGAGGGAUAGUUGAAAAUACAGUAGAUGAUAUUGAUUUCUUAAGAGUUAUGUAGCUGUUAUUAUUAUUACUGAUUUAGUCACGUUUUAGAAUUGAUAUUUCAGUUUUGGUGCUGUGAUUAAGGGUUUGAAUCUAUAACAAAAAUAAUCCUAAUAAAUGUCGUCGCACAUAACAUAAUAGAGCCGUUUCAAAAUUUUAAUUCUUUUAAAUUUAAUCCAGUCUGGGUUAUGAUUGUGUCAGGCGUCCUCAUAGAGUUAAUAGUAGGUAUGACAAAUCAGCAACCAUUGUUUGAGACACUAUAAUAAGAAAUAUUAUAUAAAUAGAUAUGUUGUAAAUAUUGUAACUAGGUAGGUUUAGUAUGUUUUUAUUGGACAAGAAUAAAGAUUGUUCAUAGCA